AUGUCGAAGGACCUUGGAAAAUUGGCCACCUUGAUGGACACAAGCGACGCCACUUCCUCGGAGGCUCUCUCUUGCACCGCAACUACAAUUGACCCUGACACUGGCUAUUUCGUGAAUAUCGACGAAAUCCGAAAAGCCGAGUAUCCUGUCCUUGCGGAGACUACGUAUCUCGACCAUGCCGGAACAACCUUAUACGCAAAGAGCCUCAUCGACGCUUAUUCGAAAGAGCUGACCAGCAACCUUUUUGGAAACCCGCACUCGGCUUCCGCCUCGUCGCAACUCUCCUCUCGCCGAAUCGACGAUGUACGCCUUCAGGCUUUGCGCUUCUUCAAUGCCAACCCCGACGAAUUUGACAUAGUCUUUGUUGCCAACGCCACCGCGGCUAUCAAGCUUGUCGGAGAUGCCCUUCGAGACCACGACAAUGGUUUUAGAUAUCACUAUCAUGGCGAGGCUCAUACCAGCCUCGUCGGUCUCAGAGAGGUCGCUGGUCUGGGUAGUACCUGCUUAGCCACCGACGAGAAGGUUGAAGAUUGGCUGGGCAGCGUCGAGUGCGGAGUCAGAGGGCAACAUGGGGACGUGUCGCUGUUUGCAUACCCGGCUCAAUCAAACAUGACUGGUCGAAGACUCCCACUGCAAUGGUGUCGAAGAGUAAAUAAUGUAAGAUUGUCAUCGGGCAAUCCCAUCUUUACUCUCUUAGAUGCCGCUUCUCUUGUGUCAACAGCUCCUCUGAAUCUGUCUGACAGCGUUGCGGCACCCGACUUCGUUGUCUUGAGCUUCUACAAGAUUUUCGGCUUCCCGGAUGUUGGAGCUCUGAUUGUACGCAAAUCUUCUGGGCAAAUUUUACGACAACGCAAGUACUUUGGGGGUGGUACUGUGGACAUGGUGACAAUGUUUGGUGACACCUGGCAUGCAAAAAAGGAAUCGAGGCUGCACAGCUGUCUCGAAGACGGAACGCUGCCGUUCCACAAUAUCGUUGCUCUCCAACUGGCCUUUGACGUUCACAGAAGACUCUAUGGAACAAUGAGCAACGUUUCUAGACACACAACCUUGCUUGCGUCAGUCCUACGCCGUCGACUGCAAACCCUACGGCACGGAAACGGAUUGCAGGUCUGCACUAUCUAUACUGGUGACUUCGCGGCCAAGAGCUCCCAAGGCCCCGUAAUCGCCUUCAAUAUAAGAGACAUGCAGGGGAGAUACAUCAGCAACUCUGAAGUUGAGAAGCUCGCGACAGUGAAGAAUGUGCAGUUCAGAACUGGCAGUCUCUGCAAUCCCGGUGGAAUGGCGUACCAUCUAGGACUGUCUGCUGACGAGAUGCGGCGGAACUAUAUUGGUGGACAACGAUGUGGAGAUGAAAACGACAUCAUUGGAGGGAAGCCGACAGGGGCAAUUCGACUGAGUCUGGGACCGAUGAGCAAUAUGACAGAUGUGGAAAUCUUGAUCAACUUUAUUCAAGAGUACUUUGUGGACUCAUCUCCGCCACCGAGGACAUUAACACCACAACAUUCUGUAUCAAACUGCCGGUCUGGCUCAUUCGUCGUGGAGAGUCUGUCGGUCUUCCCAAUCAAGAGCUGUGCGGCCUAUAAAAUCCCGUCCCAUACUCCUUGGGAGGUGGGGUUGAAGGGUCUCGCAUGGGAUCGAGAAUGGUGUCUUGUCCAUGAAGGGACCAACGUUGCCCUGAGCCAGAAGCGGUUUCCACGGAUGGCUCUCAUCCGUCCCGAAAUUGACCUGCGAGAUCGCGUGCUCAGAUUGUCGUUCGGCUUGGGACCUUCGACUACUCGGCAAUUGGCGAUUGGUCUUGACUCGAGCCCAACGCCGAGAGCUUAUCACAAGAUGUGUGAAGCCACCACCAGCAAGUGGUCCAGUGUUUGUGGUGAGGAUGUUGAUGUGCAGGUUUAUACAUCUGGAGAAGUGUCGGGGUUCUUCACGGAAGCACUGGGGGUGCCAUGCACCCUGGCACGGUUCCCGGAUAACGGCAUCGUUCGACAGGCGAAAGUACGGGUACCUGGAUCUGGAGGGAAACAAGCCACCACACCGGGCAAGUCGAUUGCGCUCUCAAACGAGAGUCCUAUUCUCCUCAUAUCACGGUCAAGCGUAAAUCGUCUAAAUGAGCAGAUCAAGCACAAUAGCGGUGCUGGCAAGGCCGUCUCCGCCGACUCUUUUCGGGGAAACAUUGUGAUUGCCGAAGAGCUCCAUGGCGGACAACUGGAGAUGCCGUACGCCGAGGAGGAAUGGAGCAGCCUUCAAAUUGGCAAUGAUCCCGCCCAGUCGUUCGAGCUACUCGGCCCUUGUCAACGGUGCCAGAUGUACAUUGGCAAAGACGAGACGGAGAGAUGGGAGGGUCUGGUUUGGUAUGCACAUGUGCCUAUCGUCAGAUCCUGCCCGAACAUCAGUCCAGAUAAAAGCUGGUGA